AUGGGUUCCUUCAUGAACGCCGCACCUUUGAUGGAACAGCCCAGCUACUCAUUCGCAUCCGCCCCAACAUCACACUCCGCGCCACGGCAACAUGGCUUCUACCCAUACACUGACAAUGGUGGCUCAACACUCGGCAUCAGCGGUACCGACUUCACUGUUUUGGCCGGCGAUACACGAUCCACAUCCGGAUACAACAUCAACACACGCUACGAACCAAAGCUCUUCAAGAUCGGCGGUGAUGGUCCGGAGAACGUUGGCAGCAAGAUCGUGCUAUCAGUGGUGGGCUUCGCAGCGGAUGGCAAGGCACUGAAAGAGCGCUUGGACACAAUCGUCAAGAUGUACAAGUACCAGCACGGAAAGGACAUCUCAGUACACGCCUGCGCACAACGACUCAGCCACAUCCUCUACUCGAAGCGCUUCUUCCCAUACUACGUCACAGCCAUCCUGGGAGGUAUCGAUGAUGAGGGUAAGGGUGCGCUCUACUCGUACGAUCCAGUCGGCUCAUACGAGCGGGAAGCAACAAGAGCAGCAGGUGCGGCAUCAUCCCUCAUCAUGCCGUUCCUCGACAACCAGGUCAAUCUCAAGAACCAGUACGACCCAACACAGGCACAGGGAUUCGGAAAGGAGCAGCUUGUGCCAAAGCCGCUUGACAGGACAACUACAGAGGCGCUGGUCAAGGACGCGUUCACAAGUGCGGUGGAGCGACAUAUCGAGGUUGGUGAUGGUCUGCAGAUGAUGAUCAUCACGAAGGACGGCAUCGAGGAGAGGUAUGCGCCGCUCAAGCGCGAUUAG